AUGUAUAAUAUGAAAUCCAAUAUAGUAAUCUUCGAUCAUAUAAAGAAGAACCAUGCAACUGCGGCGAUAACGGCUCCGGAGAUAGAGAUCUCGAGCGAUGAGGCUCUUCCCGCCGGAGCUUCAGCUUCAGGGCCGUCGCUGGCUCCUGCGUCAUCGGACGACGUCGGAGACAUGUCUGGAGUCGGAGCUGGCGGAGAUGAGGCGGAGGGAGAGUCGCUGGUGGGACCUUCGGAGCUAUCGCCAGAGCUUGAGUCGGGGCUUGAAGCGGGAGUUUUGGCCGACGAAGAUUUGGGAGACUUUGCGGGGGCGCUGCCACCUGAAGAUGGGGAAACGCUUGGAGUAGCGGUGGAGUUUUUCUUGGCAGUGGUCGGAGGAGAAGCCGUAGGCGGUGGGGUUGGGGCGGAGGCGGAUGAUUUUGGUGAUCCUGAUGCGGCGGGAGAAGGAGUGGCUGAGCUUUUGGGUGCGUUGGCCGGUGUUGGAGGAUCGGCGGCAAAAACGACGGUAACGGCCAAGGCCGCGACGGCUAGAGAUAGGAGCUUAAAGGUCAUUGUCAUUUUUGAGUAA